GCAGUCAGGAUGGGCAAGAUCAUCUUCUACGAGGACAGAAACUUCCAGGGUCGUUACUAUGAGUGCAGCAGCGACUGCGCUGACAUGCACUCCUACUUCAGCCGCUGUAACUCCAUUAGAGUGGACAGUGGCUACUGGGUGCUCUAUGAGAAGCCAAACUACAUGGGCUACCAGUACAUCUUGAACAGGGGAGAAUAUCCUGACUACCAGCGCUGGAUGGGCUACAAUGACUGCAUCAGGUCCUGCCGUAUGAUUCCACACUAUCGUGGGAACUACAGAAUGAGAAUCUACGAGAGGGCUGAUUUCGGUGGCCAGAUGAUAGAGUUCAUGGAUGACUGCCCUAAUGUCUAUGACCGUUUCCACUACCGUGACAUUUACUCCUGCAACAUGAUGGAAGGUUACUGGAUCUUCUAUGAGCAUCCAAACUACAGAGGCAGACAGUACUUCCUGAGGCCCGGCGAGUACAGGAGAUACACUGACUGGGGUGGCAUGAGCCCUACCAUCGGCUCCUUCAGACGCAUGAUGGACUUCUAUUAAAAUCUUCCAACUGCAGUCAUAUUUUAAGGGCACAUUGGCAGAAAUUGUUCUACAAGUGCUAGCCUUCCAAUUCCUAAAUAUUAAUACUUCAAAUUUGAUUAAAUGUCAUUAUAAAGGGAUGUUUUAUUAACAACGUUUUCAAAGCCUAUUUUUUUAAAUCACUGUUCUUUGUACAGGUGAGACAGGAUUGGGCAGCACAGUCUGAUUGACUCUUAAAUGAGCUGCACAUACUUUUCAUAGACACUGCACUCUUCCAACAGAAGUGUUUUCUUAAAUGCAUAAUAAGUUCUUAUAAAACAAAAGAAACUUGACUUCUUACCACUUGUUUUUUUAUUUUUGUCACUUUAUUUUAAAAUUUUAGCUGUAAGACAGAGAAAGUACUGAUCACAAUACGUUUCUGAGACAUUACUUUUGACAGCUAACAGAAAUAUAAAAGGCUUGAAUCAGAAGUUUACAAGAAACAAAUGUUUAUACAUCUUCAUUGUUGAACACAUGGUUCCACUUCACUGUGGAAAAGUUUUUUAAAAAUCACAAAAAAUACCAUGUUAGAACUGAGUCUUUUUAUGCAAUCAAAAGCCUUAAACACAUUUUGACUGAAAAUCAACACAUGUCAA